GUCGCCUUCACGACUGCAGUAGCCAAAGGAAGACAAGGUGAGGAGGGCGCGGUACAGUGAAGCUAGCUGGUCCAAUCCAGUGUCUACCUGAAUGCAUGUCUCACACUAGCCGUCUUGCUGUCGAAGAUUAAAAGGAAGGGUCAACAGCCAGCCUGAGCUUCUCGUUGCAACACGAAAUAUGGUUGUAUCGUUGCUAGCCUUCAGUCCUACCUCGACUUAGCCCACACAAGUCGAAAAAGCCUAGAAAAGCUAGCUGCAGUACAGAUUACCUCUUCAAAAAUGGGAACUACAAGCUCGCGUUGUCCGAUCAACCAAGCACGAUCGACAUUCAGUCUGACACCACACAUCCUGCCAGGGAGAGAGUCCACAGGAAUAUGUUGGCUACAAGCAUCAUUGCUGCACUGUCCCUCCGUUCCAUUUGGCUCUUUAUCCAUCUGUCCCACGACAGCAGUCUCACGACGACUGACAUUGGCGACAGUGCUUUCUACGAUUUGUAUGUCUCAGCAAGAGCCCCUCACGCCCCGCAACCUCAUUCUCUCGACUUCUCUGCCCCUUUCCCUCGCUGACACUGUAACGAUGGACUCGCUUAGAGAGACUCCCCGCCUGCGCAAGCAAGUGAGCGACAAUGAGGCGCGCUGGCAAGACCAGGUCCGGAAGAACCAACGCCUGCUCCGUCAACUGCGCGACGCUCACGAGGACAUCAGGGCUCUGCAAUUGCGAGUAGAGUUCCUGGAGGAGCGGCAGGAAGGCAGGGACAAUUCGACUCCGGCGGAGCCUCAAGCAUCUUCUCACUCAUAUCAUACCAUGAAAGAGGCUCUUGGCUUGGCAGUGACGUUGCUCGACAAAGAGAGGACGCAAAGGGACAUUCUCGCAACCCGGAAUCUUUGCUCUCCUAGAGCCAGAGGCUGAGGAGCAAGAGGAUACUCGUCUCCAUGUCUUGUUGGCACGGUUGGAGGACGAGGUCUCUGCAGACCAUCACGACACGUGA